UAUCCAUCGUUCGUGUUUUACAUUGCUAAUGAAAAUUACUGAUAAUUACAGACAUUAGUUGGAUAAAACCCAUUUGAAAAAUGCUUGGUCAAAAUCCAAAGAAGAAUCAUGUGAUGAAAUGUAUAUCUGGUUCGAGAAAAAGCCGCUUUAAACUACACACGAAGUUCCAAGAGACCGCAGAAACUUUCACCGUUCUGAAAUGUUACCAGACUAUGAAGCUAAGCGAGCUGAAAUGUGCUUUGGAAUUGGUGGCAGGUAUUCCAAUGGACCUUCAGCGGCUCAGUUAUCUCGACGAAGGAGACUUAAUUGACCAAACAAGCAUUGGCCAGAAUGAUAUUAUUCCUGGCACCACUCUCACCAUGGCGAUUUGGCCUUACAACAACUGGCGAGAAGUUGUUCAGGCCGCUGCCUUAGGAGAUAUCUUGAAGCUGAAGAGUGUGUUGUCCAGGCGCACUGCAGGGAAUGGGGGUGGAGACGAGGGGAGCUACUGGAGGUCUCGGCACCUGUCCACCGCCCUCUACAUCUGUGCCCACCGUGGGCAUCUGCCAGCCCUGCACUUCCUCUUACAGAGAGGAGCUGACCCCAAGUUCCAGACGCCGGGCGGCCGAGGGGUCCUUCACGUGGCGGCCUCCGAGGGUCACGUGGCGUGCCUGCAAGCGCUGGUCCACGCCGGGGCUCCGAAGGACCUGCGGGACCAAGCGGGGGUCACGGCGCUGGAGGCGGCGCUCGCCAGGGGUCAGACCGCGGCGGUCCACCAGCUCAAGCUGUCCAAGUGGGAAGACCGGGCGCAGCGGCUCCGCCUGCCGUCGUACCUGGACUCCGCGGAGCUGUUCGCCCACCAGCACUUCAACUCGCACCUGCGCACCUGGUACAGCGGCAGCCACGCGCAGAGGUACGACGCGGAGCUGGGGGGCCGAGAGGCGCGCGGGUGCAGCCGGCCGAAGAGCACCCACGCCGGCACCAGGCGCAGUACCUCUCCUCGCCACACGGUGUCACCACCCACACAUCACACCAGCACUCCACUGCGAGCAGCGGUAACCACCAACAACAGAGGCCCACAAGCAAGAAAACACGUCUGGGGAGUGCAUGAGUGAUUAGGACCCGGAGGUGGACAGGAGGAGUCUGUAAACGGUCUAAAUAAGGACCAGAGUGUAGGGACGUCUUGCGCUGUAGUUAUGUUCUACCCGAGUGCGGUACUUUACCUACAGCAUUGGGGCUCAGAAUAGCAAAUGGCACAAGUGUACUGUAGGUGUAAAUGGGUCAGGCUUCUUACAGCAUAUCGAGAGGUUUAGCCAACAUAUUUGCACUGCUGUCAUUACUGAGACAUGAUGCUUAUGAACCUUAUGUUGUAAAUGACCAGAAAACAGCAUAAUAGUUUUACAACGAGUUAGUAUCAUGUGCUAUAAGCAAAGGUUGCAAAGUUAGGCCCUAAUUUUGGAUGCUGUAUUAUGUCUGUUAGAUGUUCAGACCUUGUGUCACAUUUAGGCCUGAUUCAUUGUGAUAUGCUGUAAUUAAGUCAAUUGGAUGUGUAAUAAAUGUGUAUUACAAUUAGAAA